AUGGGUCGCGUCAUCCGCAACCAGCGUAAGGGUCGUGGCAGCAUUUUCACUGCCAACACGCGUCUGCGGAAGGCCCCGGCGAAGUUCCGCAGCCUCGACUAUGCAGAGCGCCAUGGCUACCUCCGGGGUAUCGUGAAGGAGAUCAUCCACGACCCGGGCCGUGGUGCGCCCCUCGCCCGCGUUGUCUUCAACUCGCCCUACAAGUUUAAGAAGGUCACCGAGACGUUCAUUGCCAACGAGGGCAUGUACACCGGCCAGUUCGUCUACGCUGGCAAGAACGCGGCCCUGACCGUCGGCAACAUCCUGCCCCUCGCUUCCGUUCCCGAAGGUACCGUCGUCUCGAACGUCGAGGAGAAGCCCGGUGACCGUGGUGCUCUCGGCCGCACCUCCGGCAACUACGUCACUGUUGUCGGCCACAACCCCGAUGAGGGCAAGACCCGUAUCAAGCUCCCGUCCGGCGCCAAGAAGGUCGUCAGCAGCAACGCCCGUGGCAUGAUCGGUAUCGUCGCUGGUGGCGGCAGGACAGACAAGCCUCUCCUGAAGGCGUCACGCGCCAAGCACAAGUUCGCUGUCAAGCGCAACCGCUGGCCCAAGACUCGCGGUGUUGCCAUGAACCCGGUUGACCAUCCCCACGGUGGUGGUAACCAUCAACACAUUGGUAAGGCGUCGACCAUCUCGAGGUAUGCCGCCCAGGGUCAGAAGGCGGGUCUUAUUGCUGCGAGAAGGACGGGUCUGCUGCGUGGUACCCAGAAGACGAAGGAGUAA